UCCUAAAGUUUAACAAGAUGAAGUGAACCUAUAAGCUAAAUAUUGUUUCUUUCUCCUUUUGAAUUGAUACGAGCUGCCUAAUACUAAUGCUCGCGAUAAUUAUCUCUUCAGAUUGGUUUUCCAUCUUUGGCUAGGAAGUUGCGUGCAAGAACAUGGGUUACCAUUCAAGUUUUGUUGACGAGGAAGGAGUUAGCAAAGCUUGUGGAUGUCCUUUACUACCUCUGAAAAGUCAUAUAAAUGAACCUGAUUCUGAUGCAGAACAAGAAGAUGCAACGUCAGAUAUCGUGGAUGAAGCAAUCACAUUCUUUCGGGCAAAUAUCUUCUUCAAGAACUUUGAUUAUAAAAGCUCGGCUGAUAAACUUCUCAUCUAUUUGACUUUGUAUAUCAAUUUGGCUUUGAAGAGGCUAGAAGGUUGCAGAACUUUAGCUGAAGGGAAGAAGUCAAUAAUUAACCUUGGUCUGGAAAAGAUUGUAAUACCAGGGGAGGCAGGUUUUCCAUUUCCAGGCCUAUUUGCUUCACCAAAGUCUCAACAAGAUGCAGAUUCACCCUCAUUUCAUGUGAGUUUUCUGAAACCCUUUCAUGAGGAUGCUAAGGAUCCAACAAGGUCAGCUACCAGACGUGCCUGCUUGCAGUCAAGUCUCUGUGUUUUCGACAACGCCUACUGCUUGGCCUUAAAUUAG